AUCCCCACGCUGGGGAAGGUAGUGUGGGUUGGCCGAUUAAGCUCAUUUGCCAAUUCAUCCCGAACACUAACGCAGUUUCUUACCAUCUUCUCUGCAGGCGGCGGGGUUUUUUUUAGCGUUCCAAAUGAUUUAUUUUUUUAAAAAAAACCUUUAAACGAAUUAUUUUUCAAUUUUUUAAUUGAUUUUGGUUAUUUAACAAAUAUAUAUAUAUAUAUGAUGGGGUGCUACCUGAAAAACGCGUAUUUUCUGAUGCCGGUUGUCGCGCUUCAGUUCAUCCUGGCCCCCAGCGCGGUGAGUGCGGCUGGCCGGAAGUGUGGCUACAUCUACAAGGGCUUCGCGGAGUGCCUGCUGAGGCUGGGGGACAGCAUGACGGAGAGCGUGCAGCUAGGGGGCGAGGAGCUGCUGGAGAUCGAUGCCGUCUGCAGGUCCUGGGAUGAGUUCCACCGCUGUGCCAGCGCGGCUCUGGCAGGCUGCCCUGAAGAGGCGGCUGUGGUGUGGGAGUCUCUGAGGCAGGAGUCCAGGAAGAUGCAGUUCUCUGGGAACCUCUACGACAUGUGCAGCAACCGAGCCAAACCUUCCACCAGCGUGCAGAGCCCCAACCAAGAGGAGACCAAUCAGGAGUCCCUGCGGGGCUCCGCCUACCUGCCCAGCCCCGCCCACUUCCUGGCGCUCUCGCUGGCCGCGCUGGUGGUCAAGAUGUAGCUACGCUCGCUGGGCUGGUCACCUCGGACCCCGAGCCACUCUGGUCGGCUCCACGCCACCGGACAGCAGACUCCAUAAACACUCCGAUUCGUAGCUUCUCUGCUCUGAAGAACACCCAGACUGUGUUCUUUUAUUCAGGAGCCGGGUAACGGACACAUCACUUUGUUAUCUGCCAGCCCAGUUUCUUAUUAGAAGUGGUACAUUAAUGUUGUCCGACACCUUGCUUCUCCUCACCUCCGAGUCCAGAACUCAUUUUAUACCGUCUCUCCUGCCCCCAAGACACACUCCACACAUGACAAAAAAACACCAGCUCUUUUUACAUCUUUAUAAUUGCAAUCUGAUUCAUGAUUAUCUGUGGGUUUAUUAGUGUCAAGGGAGAACGGGGCUGACUUUUCCAUUUCACUUCACACCUUGGUGAGAAAUGAAGGUGGAAUUAAAAAGUCUGUUUACAAUCCCAAACAUUGGGUAUAAAAGGCAUCCUUUAACAUAUGGUCUUCAAGGGCACUAUGAUGGCAAUGCAAUGGUUCAGUGGUGGCACAAAGGGCACCCUGGUGGUAAGAGUCAUUGGUAGAAUGGAAUGGUAGAAUGGUACUAGAAUACUUACCAAAGGCAUCCUCAUCCCAGGGGUGUACCCCAGUAGAUGGUGGAAAUCCAUUGCAGUUUCAUACCGUUCCAGUACAGUAGUUCUUCCAAAUCCAUUGUGUUGCCAUUGCUGGUACAGGAUAUCAUAGUAGUAGAAAAAGUUUUCCAUAUUUCUCCAUAAUAACUUCCAGGGCUGUUUAAUAUGACGUGAAUGUCCACCUUUAUAUCCGGCUAUGGGAGUCUGUGUAGGCCGGUGGGCCCCACAGCAUUUACCAGCUGCUUGCCAUAAUAGAAAUCCAACAAAAAUGGGCAAUGCAGUUUCACUGAGCAAAUAAUAACAAGGCCUUUUCUGUUUAUUCAGAUCCUGCAGCUGGUCGACACUCGCAUGUUUGUAAUAAAUAUUAGGAAAGGCAAGCCCACACAAGAACAUGGUGGGAAUGGAUAGCACACGUUUAUUAUAUUUUAAUACUAAGUGGUACUGCAUUGUUUCCAGCCACCCCUGGUUAUAACAGUUGGUCCAGACAGCAUCUUAAAGCGAUCUUGAUAGACAGGGGGGUCUAUGGGGAGCAGGUGAAAGAGGUGAAAGGUCGCAAUAUCACAUGAUUUCUCAAGUCAAGGAAGCAAAGCUUAAAAUGAAUAUGCCACACAGGUCUGUUAGCAGGAUGGCAGACAGUUAGAGUGAGCUUCAGAGGAAACCAACACAGAUCUCAGUCUGAGAGAAACAGAACUCAGAAACAUUCAGAAUGGUGGCGCACGUUGUAAUGUAAAUCUGGUGUAUGGGAGGGGGUACAAAAGAUAUAUUUAAAUGGAGUUUCUAGAUAUGUACUUAAAAUAUACAAAAUAUAAUUAUUUAUUUUAUAAAAAACAUUGAUUAGGAAGUUUUAUAAUCACUACAAAACAAUAACGAGGGAGCGCUGUAGUGAGACAGAAACUAGAUUGAGAAAACGGGUUAGUGGAGAUCAGAAAAUAGUCCCAAGCAUGCUCUCUGCCAUGCACCUCUGUUCAGUGUUGGCCCUACACAUGAGACCUGUGUACCAAUGGAAGAGCAGGAUGGGUAAGAUGGAUGGACUGGUUUUCUUAGCUACACUGAUAGAUUUUUUAGGUGCCUUUGGGGAUGUAAAUGUAAGGUUUGCAUAAUGUUUACCCAGCACAACGUAUAUCACAUGGAAUGUGGGUUACAUCAUCAUCAUCAUCAUCAUCAUAACUGCGUUACCUGUCCUGGGGCAUCACAAUAAAUAAGUAAAUAAAUAGUGUGCUAUUGAAGCGCUGGCACUGAAACCGUUUUUUUUUUUUUUAUUAUUAUUCUUGAGCAAAGCACAUGUGCAGCACCUCUGGCAUUAAAAUGUAACUGUCGAGGAGAAACAACGUGAGGAAACAUCCCAAAUUAUAUUUUUGAUAUCAAUUCUUUUUUUUUUUGUAUCAGUUGUUUGUAUCUCAAACUUUUUUUUAAAUAUGAAUAUCUAUAUAAAAUAUCGAUUUGUUUAUCAGUUAUGUCAUUUAUAUAUUGUAUGUUUUGCAGCGGCACGACAAAAGUAUUCAUAAAACUUCUUAGCUUUAAUUAUGUUUAUUUAUGUUGCAGUUCCAGAUUUACUGAAGCGUAGGAGUGAAGACUUUGGACAGGCAGUAUAUUAGUAAAUCUACACUCAUAAAUAUAUCUAUUUCUUUAUCUAUAGCUCUAUAUUGUAUCAUACUUUGUCUUAGUCAAAACAUAGUGGAAAAGAGGCUGAAGACAGAUAAUACAUUCUGUAAAAACUCAAUUUUUCAAGGAGUGCAUGUCUAAACAAGGCCGACAGCAGCGGUGCUGUAGGAAGAGAGAUCCAUUGAUCCUGUGUUAGGUUUGCACCCUCAAACACAGGAUAAACGCGAAAUGUGAUUAUACAUCAUAUAGCCUGAAAGCUGGCUGCUCUUUAAGAGAUGAUCUCUGUUGGUGGCGAUUUGUGACUGCAGGCAUGUUGUGCAGUGUGCAGCCAGAUAUUGUCAUUGUUAUUACUAUUAUUUCAGUAGACUAAGCUCUGCGUUUUUAUUACCAGUUCUGUGUAAUUCCUGCGCUCUUUUGGAAAUGCUGCAGAGGAUUUGACUAGGAAGUGGAGUCGUGGUUUUUAAGAACGCGUAGCGUCACACAGGAUUAGAGUCUCCAGCAACAGAGCAGGAUCACAAGGGCUGGUUAGAGUGAUACACAACAUGGUGUCAUUUGUGUUAUAAUAAACUCAGUACGACUCACUGUCGCUUCCUUGUGUGGUCAGUUUUAUCUGUUGUGUUUAAAUUAAAAUAGAUCUUUUUUGACAUGAUUGGAAAAACCCAUAAUUAAAAAAAUACUAUAGUUUUCCAUGGCCAAAACUCUCUAUCUAUCUUACUCUUACUACAAUACCCCCACCCUCCACCCCUUAGGGAUGUAGUGUAUGCAAGGUUAAAAAGGAAUUCAUUAUUUACUUACAUGCAUGUAUGUAAAGACAUAGAACUGACCUACAGUUUAUGUAUAAGCACAAGAAUUGUUUUCAGUUAAUAUCUGUAAAAAUAAUAAAGUCAAUUGAGUAUACAU